GCUUGUGUGUCAGGUACUAGACUAGUUCUACUUGGUAGUCUAGUCAAGUCCAAGGUUUAAGAAUUUAAUUAAGUGUUAUGGAUGAAAGAACAGUGUAAAUAACACAAGAGUAACUUGAAAAACCGACAUCAUGUCAUUCUCCAAUGUAUUACCGGAUGAUGAGGAUUUCUUCUCAGUACCCCCAGCCGCACUCAGAAGACGAACCUUUACAACCAGCAUUGUAAGAAAUUCAAUCUCGCAUCAGAAGCCAACGCCACCUAAAGAUGACACAAUAUUUGCUGUGAAGGAUGAUGAAAACUUUUCAGUCUUUGCAAAGGGUCGAGAUUAUGAGCCAGUGUAUGUAACUCAUGAGUACACAGAACAAGAGAAAGACACGCUCAAUGCUUAUGAAAGUUGUGACUAUUUACCUAAUCAUUGUCACAUUUUUAAACAUUGGAUUAAACGUCAGACGAUUUCAGACCUCGAAACAGACAGAUGGGUUUUGAUGGGUCUGAUUGGUUUUGUUAUUGGAGUAGUUUGUUUUUUUCUACAUCAACUUAUUGAGCGAAUUGAUCACUUGAAGUGGCAACAAACCAAAUCAUAUCUGGAGGAUGAGCGACUUUUAGAGGGUUGGUUUUUCUGUGCUGGCUACAGUGUUUUGUUUGCAGUUUUUGCUGCAGCCAUUGUUGUUUUCUGGAGACCAAGUGCAGGGGGAUCAGGCAUGCCUGAAGUUACAGGCUAUCUAAAUGGGACACAAAUCAGGCGUGUUUUUAGUGUCAAAACCCUCAUUGUCAAGUUCUUUUCCUGUGUUGCGGCUAUUGGUUGUGGUAUGCCUAUUGGUCCUGAAGGACCCAUGAUUCAUAUGGGUGCUAUAAUUGGUUCUGGAUUAAGUCAGCUGUCUGGUUACUUAAAAAGAAUCCGCCUGCCUUUUUUUGAAAGAUUUAGAAAUCCAGAAGACAAGCGAAACUUUAUAUCUGCUGGUGUGGCGGCAGGGGUAUCGGCUGCAUUUGGGGCCCCUGUUGGAGGUCUGUUGUUCUGCAUGGAAGAAGUUUCCUCAUUUUGGACAAAAACUUUGGCUUGGCAGAUUUUCUUUUGUUGCAUCAUUGCAACAUCCACAUCGGAUAUUUUCAACUCUGCUUUUGAAAGGUUCCAAAUUAUUGGCAUGUUUGGUGAGUUCAGGACAAGCCGGUAUAUUCUCUUCAAUGUGGAUGAAGCUGUGGAUAUAAACAUUCUUAUGUUCAUUCCCUCUGUUAUUAUUGGUAUCAUCGGAGGUCUACUUGGAUCACUCUUUACUAUAAUAAAUCUCAAAAUUCAUAGGUUAAGGAAGCGUUUCCUUGCUUCAAUACCCAGGCCAUGGGUUGUAAAAUUUCUACGAUUGCUGGAGCCUGCAGUCAUUAUGUUGAUUAUGAGUUCAUUUUCAAUUUUUCUGCCAAUGGCAUUUUCAUGUAUUCCUUUUACUUGCAUGAAAGGGGAGUCAGGAAUUAUAAGUCAAUAUUGUGUCAAUGAUACAAUGAACAAGUAUGACUCACACUUUGUAGAGGAAAAUAUUUUUCACACUUGUGAUGUGGGGACGUAUUACCUUGACAACACUACAUUUGUAUACAAUGGUACUUACAAUGAAUUGUCACUCCUGUUAUUCAGUUCAAAGGAUGAAGCCAUGAAAACACUGUAUCUACGAAACUCACACAAGAUGUUCAAUUACGGACCUUUAUUUGCCAGUUUGAUCAUCUACUUUUUUAUGGUGUGCUGGUCAGCUGGUACUUCUGUUGCUGCUGGCAUUCUGGUUCCCAUGCUAAUGAUUGGAGCUUUGUAUGGUCGAAUCAUAGGUCUAAUCAUGGUAGAUCUUUUUGGCAUUCACUUGGAUAAUGACUACUUAAGCUGGAUGGAUCCUGGGGCCUUUGCUCUGAUUGGCUCAGCUUCCUUCUUUGGUGGCGUGUCUAGACUAGCUCCUGCCAUUACAGUCAUAAUGAUGGAACUUACCAAUGAUCUCAAAGUGUUACUGCCCGUGAUGACAGCUGUAAUGGUGUCAAAAUGGAUUGGAGAUUUUUUCACCCACCCAUUCUUCCAUGCUUUGCUUGAGCAGAAGUGUAUACCAUUUCUAAACCAAGACCCCCAUGUCAGGAUUGAAGGUUUAAAUGUUAAACUGGAUCUGUUUUCUGCUGAGGACAUCAUGGCUUUCCCGGUGGUGACACUAGAAAUUGUGGAUCAUGUGCCCAGGAUAGCGCAGAUCCUGCUGGACUACCAACACAAUGGCUUCCCUGUCAUACGCAAGAACAGAGAAGGAAAGAAAGUUUUCUAUGGAUUGAUCACCAGAUCUGAGUUGCUAGUGAUACUACAACACAGGAAUGUCAUGACCCAUGGGAGGUGUGAACCCAUGAAAGAUGAUGGCGUGGACAUUGAUUCAAUUGAUUAUAAAAAGAUGUUGAGAGGAAAAAGAGAUAAUGAAGAAGUCAAUACAAAAUUCUUGCUCCAGUUUGUGGCAGAACAAUCAGAAUAUGCAGAGUACUACAUAGAUUUGACCCCAUAUGUUAAUCAGUCUGCAAUGUCAGUUCAGACUAAAUUCUCGCUGAAGAGAGCAUACACAAUUUUAAGUGCACUUGGCCUACGUCAUCUUACUGUGGUCAAUUGUGACAAUGAGGUUAGAGGAAUGAUUACCAGAAAAGAUCUAAUGGGUCAUCAUAUGGUAGAGGUGUUGACACCAAUUCUACACAGAAAAAGUUAUUUUAGAACUGGCUCUUUUGAGAAGAAGGAAGAAGAUUCAGACACAGGAGGAAAAACUGAAGGGAAUAAAGCUGAUGGAAACUGUGAGAGUGCAGCUACUGCUAAUGUGAUUCCAACUAUUGUUGUGACCAGUCCAAGCAGUAAAAAAGUGACCUCCUCUGUGGUAGUAGAGUUAAAUACCUUAACAGAGGAUGAAGAACAGAACUGCUGAUUAUGGAUAUUAUUGACAGAAUAUUUCAAUUCAUUUGAAUGUAAAUUAUGAAUUCUGCUCAGGAGAUCUUAUUUAUUUCUGUAUUUGAUACAUUUGGUUUCAGUAUUUUAUAUUUGUGUAAAUUAGAAUAUUGAAUUGAUAAUUUUUGUACUAAAAUCAUUCAUCAAUUUAAAAUGAUUCUUUUUCAUUUUAAUAAAUAUGUAUAUAUAUUUUUAAAAUAACAAAA